AACUUUUACUCUCACUUUCAUCUUAAUCUCACUUUAAUUUUUGGUAUAAAAGGCUGAUUCCCUCUCAAUCUAAAUCAUCAUUCACAAUCAGUUAAUUCAUUUAUUCACUUGAUCAAAGUAAUCAAACAACAAACCAACUAACUAAUCAUGAAGGUCAUCAUCUUCCUCGCUCUCUGCGGUAUUGCCUCAGCUGGAAUCAUCGCCGCCCCAGCCGCCAUUGUCUCAACUGGUUCAUCAUCACAAACCCGAAGCCAAGAUGGUCUUGGAAACUACGCUUUCGCUUACAAUGAAAACCAUGCCACCGGUGGUUCAUCACGAAGUGAAUCUGGAAACGCUCUCGGUCAAGUUGUUGGAUCUUACUCACUUGGUGUUGUUGAUGGAAGACAACGAGUUGUCAACUACGUCGCUGAUGCUCUCGGUUUCCGUGCCGCCAUCUCAACCAACGAACCAGGUACCGCCCCUAAGCCCGCUGCAUCCACCAGCAUCUCAUCACCCGGAGUCAUCGCUGCUGCCCCAGUCGCUGUUGCUGCUCCAGUUGUCGCAGCUGCCCCAGCUCCAAUUGUAGCUGCUGCUCCAGCUUUCGCUCCAUCUUACUAUGCACCAGCUCCAGCUAAGAUUGUCGCAGCUGCCCCCGCAUACGCCCCAGCUGCCCUCCCCGUCGCCGGUGCUCAUUAUUCAUCAGUAAUCAACCACGCUUCAUACGCUCCAGUAGCCGCCAAGGUUGUUGCUGCUCCAGCUUUCGCCGCCCCCGCUCUCUGGUAAAUUAAUUAAUACCAUCAAUUAAUUGUAACAACUAUAAUGAUAAUUGUCUAAAUUUAUGAACAAACUGCCAAAUAAUAAUAAUAAUGUCAAUUCACAAUUUGUAAA